AUGGUGGAGGAAGAAGCGUCAGCAAUGGAGAUCGACGGCCCUCUUCCUCCUUCCAAGUCCCACCACAACGGCAGAGGCAAGGGAGUAGCGGCCGCCCCGCCGCCGGAUGGUAAGUCUGCGCCGUGGGUUGAGAAGUACCGCCCCCAAUCCCUCGCCGACGUCGCCGCUCACCGUGAUAUUGUCGACACCAGUAGGUCUCCUCUUCUGCUAUUUGUGGAUUUUCGUGGUUUCCCCUUCCUGUGGUUAACCUCAUGGUUCUGCCCCGACGAGCAGUUGACCGCCUGACGAACGAGAACAAGCUGCCGCAUCUGCUUCUGUACGGGCCGCCGGGGACUGGAAAGACAUCGACGAUCCUGGCUGUGGCGCGGAAGUUGUACGGGGCGCAUUAUCAUAACAUGAUACUGGAGCUCAAUGCAUCAGACGACAGGGGUAUAGACGUCGUCAGGCAACAGAUUCAGGACUUUGCGAGCACCCGAUCUUUCGAGUAAUCUUUCUUCUGGCACAUGCACACUCACUCACUCACUCACUCUCUCUCUAUAUACCUUUCUACGUUCACAUCUAUUUCCUGUUUAGGGUUUUAAGUUUUCAUGGAUUAUCGAGGCUUCUGAUAGCUAAAAGUAAGUGUUCUACAUGAAGAUCUCUUGGCAUCGAUAAAAUGGAGAGGUUUUGAAGAAUAGACAUGGUGGCUACUUUUAGUCGGUGUGUGGAUUUGGAUAACAAUGAGUUCGGAUUUAUGCAUGAUUGUAUGUGUAUGGCCGAUUUGUAAAGAAUGAGGGCGGUUAUGCAGUCCUUGAGUUUCCCUAGUCGUUAAUUUUGGUAUAACUCUUAGAUUGUUUUUAGGAAGGAGCUUAACACUGAGAAAUUAAGUUUGUCAGAAAUAAUUUUUUUGUUAUGAAAAAAGUGAUGCACGUUUGGAAAUAUGGGAAAAGUAUUCUUGGGCUAUUCCUUUCGACUCUUUCGACUAUUAUACGGCCGGUAUUCCAUUGGUCAUAGACCCAAAUAGUAGAACGUGCAAUACAUGUGGUGAUUGUUAAUCCAGCAUAAGAACUCUAGCAGUGGAUGUUGGACCAAUGAUUUAAUAUUAGAAGGAGAACAUGGUUUUUCAUUAUUUUUUAGCUUUAUGCUCAUAUCAUAAUUGUCAGAUACGAUGGGAACACAGCUUCGCUGCACAUGUAGUUCUCCACGGAAAAAUGCUCAUUAAAUGGAGAAAAUUUGGGUUUUAGAUGCCUUCCCAGCAAAUACCCAAAGCUAAUUAAGUUUAGUAUUGACUCAGCAAGUAUGUAACUAUAUAAGGAUAGUUCCAUUCAGGCCUUCGACUUUAUUCUAUAUCAUGUUCUACUGCGUUACUGUUAUUCUUUAUGUAUUCGUGGCCUUCCAGUUUCACGUGGCAUAAAAAUAUUUAUAAAAUUUACUUUUACAGUGCGUUGGUUUACUGUGAAAUCAUUUUAUAUUCAUGUGUUUUGUUACAUAGAGUUUUAUUUUUACACCCUAGUGGUAAAUGAUUAAUGACUUUCAUUAAGUUUAUUUAACAUCUGUAUGAAUGAUUUUACUGUACUCACAUUUAUCGUGUGGUGCUUAUUCUUGAUUGAAAAUUCACUUUGAGUGUUGUUCUUCAUCCAGCACAAAAUCUUCAGUUAAGUUAGUCCUGUUGGAUGAGGCAGAUGCCAUGACAAAAGAUGCACAGUUUGCCCUACGUAGAGGUGUGUCCUUGCCCUGAGCUUAUAUUCGUAAAACUUCACUUGUUUCUCACGCUUUCUCCUGUGUUGCCUUUUUGGUGUAGUGAUUGAGAAGUAUACACGGAGCACUAGGUUUGCACUUAUUUGUAAUCAUGUCAACAAAAUCAUCCCAGCACUUCAGUCCAGGUGUACUCGGUUUCGGUUUGCUCCUCUUGCUGCCACCCAUGUUACUGAGCGCCUUCAACAUGUGAUAAUGGCUGAAGGGUAUACUCCCAGUCUAGUUUGCUUCCGCAUCAAAAGGUUUUAAGGAUGUAAUGCUCGCAUAUAGUAAUUUAUUCAUGUGACAUUGGAGGUCCUUAUGUAGCGCAUUCUUUAACUAGUGGAGGCCUUUUCGUCAUUCGUCUCCUAGUUGAUGGCCUGCUAAGCCUGCACAUAGUUGUGUCAAGUGACGGUUCUGACUUCCAUGAGUCCUUCAGCUUUGGUUGAAUCCCAUGUUGGGUGUUUCAGUAUCUCCAAGCGCUUGGAGACUUGGAGUUUAUAGAAUUGAUUGCUACUCAGACUUUUCUUCAACUUGUUCAAUUUACUCCUUUAAGUCUUUGUGACGUAACAAAAUCGUUCAAAAAGCUUCAGUGUCAGGUCUUCCAGCAGAUGUCAAUUUGUAUCGUUGAUUGGAAACCUUGAAAACUGGGUUGUUUGGCAGACUGUCAAAGGUUCAUCGUAGAAUAUCAUUUUACCGUAGGUAUUCAUUUAGAAUGCUGUUUCACAUGGUUUUAUCCCCAUAUAUGUUUGUGAAAUGUGCUGUUAGGAUCUGGCUUGCUGGUCUAUUUCUGAUUUACCUUUGGGUAACCAUGUUCUCAGAAGAUAUUUCAUAUUUUAACCUCUUCAGGUGAUCUUUUUAAUUCUCCAAUUUCUUAAAAUGAUGCGGUGUCAAUUAGAGCAUGCAGUGUUCGUGAAAGCCUGAAACAGUAGAGGAGAGUCUUGAAAUACAUUCCAAUUUACUAAAGUUAUCUUCGAUUAUAUUCUGAACAUUAUCGAUUGUUGUCAACUGAUCCUACUUUGAAUGUUGUCGUGCAUCCAGUUUUGUUCAAGAUACUGUUCCCCUAAUUCUCUUGUUCUUUGUGUAUCUUCGUGAAUGAGCUUUCAUUCACCAAUCCUCUCAAUUGAUGUUCUUAUUGCUCGCUCUGGAUCAGGAUCGAUGUGUCUGAGGGUGGGCUAGCUGCGGUUGUGCGGCUCAGCAAUGGCGACAUGCGGAAGGCUUUGAACAUUUUACAGGUUUUCCUCUCAGAUUUCUUCAAUUUUGUUGGCUGCAUAAUGUUUUUCCUACGUUUUUUAGGAAAAUAACCACGACUCAGGAGAAUAGUUCUAGAAAUAAACUUAUGUAGAUUAAAAUUAUAAUCGGUGCUGAGUUUGGGCGACUCUGAUAAUCCUAAAGAGUCGGAGGAGAAAUAUCGUUUGUUUCUCCCUGCAUCUCCAGAUUUUAUAGAUUUUAGAAAAAAGACAUAGGAAAAGAGACCAUUCAGGAAAAUUCAUUGAUAUGGCGAUCCCCUGCAUAUCAACAUCUAAGUUGAUAAAUCACAAUAAAAUUAUCCGAUUCUUAAUAUUUUUUUCCUACUAUUUAUCAAUAAUCUCUGAAUUCAUGAUUGGGAAUGCCUGUUCCUAUACUGGGAGUCGAAGAGACUAACACUGCUCAUAACUAGUGAUCAAUAUCUUUAUGAAAAAUAUUAUUUUUUCUUCAAUACAGAUUAUUUUUCUUCAUUGGUGUGAUUUUGCGUUAUUUUACAUCACAUCAUUUCCUUCAUUUCUGCAGUCAACGCACAUGGCCUCCCCACACGUCACAGAAGAAGCCGUUUACUUGUGCACAGGGAACCCUCUGCCAAAGGACAUCGAGCAGAUAGCUUUCUGGCUUCUGAAUGAAUCAUUUACGACCAGUUUUAGACGUAUUUUUUUUAUCACGAUCAUAAUCUAUUACCAAUUUUAGAAACCCAUUAUUUUUGGUCGAUCACAAUCUACUAAACUAAACUAAACUAAACUAAACUAAACCCGUUGACAUUCCUCGGCUAUGUGUAGAUAUAUCUGAGAUCAAGCUAAGGAAAGGGCUCGCCUUGGUGGAUAUUGUGAGGGAGGUCACCAUGUGAGGAAUCUUCUAGGGAUCCCUUUUCGUUUUUUUUUUUUAAAGUUAUUUUUCUGAGCCUACUCUGACCACCCUGGUUUCUGGGGAUCGAACAGGUUCAUCUUCCGGAUCAAGCUGCCCUCAGAUGUUCGGGUUCGUCUGAUCAAUGAUCUUGCAGACAUCGAGUACGUAUCUCUUGCCCCCGUUGACCUUGUAGGAGUUGAACGUCCUGAAAGCAAUGUCUACUAUUUCAAUGAUCCAAAAGUUGACUACUGCAUGCCAUUCUAUGAUAUAUUCCGUGCUAUAAAAUAAGAAGAGUUUUCAUUUUAGAGGCACUCCUCUCUCUCUCUCUCUCUCUCUCUCUCUCUCUCUUGAGUGGAUAGGGAAGAGUGAUAGGCGCUCCAUUUGGCUAAUCAUUGACUAAGAGGUGAGGCAUCGUUUCAGGUACAGAUUGAGCUUUGGAUGCAAUGAUAAGUUACAACUGGGAUCCGUCAUCUCUUCUUUCACUCAGGCACGGAGUGCUCUGGUCACUGCAGCCAAGUGA